CAACUGAAUGCCGGCCGACCAAGCCCAAGACCAACACGCGGGCGGCGGGCGGGGAGGGAGCAGCACAUCCUAACUAGCCCUGUAAAACACUCCAAAAGAAGAAGACUAGCAGCACAACAUCGCCAUGAGUUCCUGUCUGCGGAGCUUCGUGGGCGCCCCAAGCCUGUGGUACCCCGUCAGCGAGGCCUCCGUCACUCUCCUCGGCACCCAGGCGGUCAGGUGGAGGAAGCCACGAUGGGUGCCAGUGGCUCCAAGCAAAAAGUUCAAGAUCCCUCCAAGGAAGAUCACCCCACCAGAGGAGGUUCAUGAGCUGAGGCGGCUCAACAACAACUACAACACACAGAUGAGAGCCCUGAGGCAUCACCUGACACAGGAGAAGAAGCGGACAGCCGAUACCUCAGAGUUGGCGAUGCAGCAGGUGGCUCAGGAGGAGGAGGAGCACCAGCGCCUCAUGGAGUACAACAGACAGGAGAACUUACGGGUGGCAGCACUCAGGGAGGAGAGAGUUCGCAAGGAGUAUGAAGCUGAGUUGGCUCGCGUGGAAGCCUCCAAGGUGAAGCAGGCCCAGAAGGCUGCUGCAGCGGAGGAGGAAGCUCUGCGCAUCAUUAAUGAGACGCAGGAAUUUGUCAAAACCUUUAUUAAGCGUGAAGACUUGGAGAAGGCCAUUGAAGAAGCCAUGGCUAACCCCAAAGACUACAACUUCGCCAUAGACCAAGACGGCCACGUCCUCCGCGGCCACAACACUUGUGUGGAGGAUGUGGACGAAAAAGACCGAGAGAAGCUGGAGAGUAGGGUUCUGAUAUGAGGGAAGGUGCCAGCCAACCACCAUGCCCUCACUUGACCUCUUUAAUACUUCCUUUGCAUUCUGUUUGGUACUUUUGAGGUGAUGGUUGGGUUGGAUGGUAAGUAAAUGGUGUUUAUUCAACACCACUGGAUGAAAGGUGAUGACAGAUGGUAGUUUUACAUCUCACCUCCCAGAUCAAUGACUUGUAUCAGUUCAAGGAUUAAUCCUGUGUUCAAAAUGUAUAAAGUUGUAAAAAUGUGACUAUUUAGAAAAUAUAUACUGUUUUAUUA